CAACAAUCCCAUUCUACCAUCACAACCAUGAACUUUCUUCUCCUCCUCUUCCUCGGCCUCCUUCAGCUGGUCUCCGCCGCCCGAUCGGGCACAUACAAUGCUGGCUGGGCAGUGGGCGACACCACCUGGAAGCAGACCGAUUCGGUCUUUGAGCGCGAAACCGGUAUUGCCAAAUACCGCCUGUUCCAAGCCGAUGGCUGGAUCUACAAGUACCAACUCGAUAUCGAGGUGAGCCAGGUGCAAGGGCCUAUCGGGGGUACAUACGUCUUCUACGACUCGACGGGCGAUGAAUACAACCUCAUGGUCUUCAUCGCCGGAUUCCAUACCAUUGACUUCAACUCCGACGAUCCGUAUAUCCAGAUGGUCAAGGUGGUGGAGGGAUAAAUUCAUUCCGUUCUCAACGCCGCAGUACGUGAGGAUGUCAGGGGAGGGUUGUGCUUGGGGGCGGAGGGGGUUACAGUUGUUCGGUCGAAGCAUUCAACAUGCUUGGGGUGUGGCUGGUCGCUGAAUAUUGGGAUGUGUGCAACCCCAUGAUGGAGUUGGUUAUGAUGUCGAAUAUAGGGAGAUGGGGGUCAAAAGCCGUGGGCGGUGGCGUGGAGUAGUCAGAAACAUUUAUUCCUGUGUAUCAAUAUGUGUCUCUUGGCUUAGUCAAGCUGACUAUCGAUGGUGCUACUGUGUCACAAUGAGCCAAGUCAAUUGCAAAUAUGUCUCGGAGCCACGCUGCCACCAUCACCCACCUAACAACAUUCUAUAGUCU